AUGUCAUUCUGGCCAUUUUCAAACUCAUAUAGCGCCAACAGCAGUCUCCAGAAGUUCUUGGACUCAAUUGUCGAUGCGUCGCUGAUCACCGUCGACCAGCUUAUGGAUGACAGAAAUCUCCAGCAGGAGUUUUUGGAGGAGCUCAAGACCCUCGCAUCCAAACAAAAGCAAAAGAACACUUUUCUGUUUGUCCAGCUGUUGCAGAACGAAGCACAGAACAAGUCGCUACAUUCGGGAGCCAACUCAGAUACCUUAUCUGUGGGAAGCUGCAGCACAGACGCCAAUGGAGGCGGCAGUACACUAUUGAAGAGCGCGCGCGAGGAGAAACUUCUAGAGUUGCUUUUGCAGCCGCAUAUUUUGAACGGAUUCUUGGACUACAUUGUGUUCAGUGUACAUUACUUCCAUGAGCUCUCGCUCAAGGAAAGUGCCGCAGGCGAUGACGUAGAAUCAGACUCUUCCGUAGACGAACCGCUCGCAGAUGAACCCCCUGUAACUCUGAAUGACACGACGAUAGAUGGCGGUGAGCCCAAAGAGGAGCGUACUCGCCGAUUUAUCCAGUGCUCGGCAGAAGUUCUCUCAGCCGACUUGUGGGUCAUCUCCAAUCGUAUUAUCGAGACACCUUCGUUAAUGGGCAAGUUGUGGCUGGUUUUGUCAAUGCCGGAUCUACAGGAGAACCUGCCAUCGGUAGCAUAUCUCAUCCAGAUACUCGACCAUUUCAUGGAAACCAAUAGCAUUGAGUUGCUUAAUUUUAUCAGAAAGCAAGACGACUUGGUUGAUACUUUCUUGGGUUUAGUGGAAAUCCCUCUCAUCAUGGACUUUUUCCUAAAAAUAAUCCAGACGGAUAAGGCCGAUUCUCCAUCAGGAAUCUUGGAGGUGUUAUCACGCCAGCAAUUGAUUCCCAAGGUCAUUGAUAUCUUAAAACCCGACAUAUCCCUGUUCGAAAGCGAGGGAUCGGUGUUUGCUCCAACCACCACAGUCCUUUUUCGCCAAACUGCAACGACGGAGUUUGUCAAAGCAUUGGUCACGGUGUCAUCGAACGCUACUUUGGCCGUUGAUCUCGAAACAAACAUCGGGCCCAAUCAACUUAUCAGGGAACUCGCGUCUCCUCCGAUAAUUCAAUCAAUGUUAGACGAUAUAAUGUUCUUUCGAGUGCCUUCACCGACAAAUUCUGACAUCACAUACAGCAACAAGCAUGGAAUUGCAAACUGUGUGGCCAUUCUUAUCGAGCUUAUAAGAAAAAACAAUUCUGACUACGACUUGAACUGUGGUACGUAUAGCAGUCAAUUGCAGAGUAAUGUUGACGGCACAGGAGAAAUCAAUGUUCAGGUGAUGUUCCAUUGGCUCAAAGAUUUCGAACAAAAUCCACCCGGUGUGAGAGAUCCAAUCUUCCUUGGGGACUUGUUGGAAAUAUUUUCGAAGAAUCUCGAUGGCCUUGUUCAAUUGAUGGAGAUAGAGGCAGAUCUACAACCUGCCGGCGAGGCCGGAACUCCAAUUCUUGGAAUCACAAAAUUCAAAAUCUCGGAGCUUGUAGCCGAACUACUCCAUUGCUCCAACAUGAUUCUUCUCAAUUCCCGCAAAAUUGCAUAUCUCAUAUGUGUCAGGGAUGAGAUGCGUGCUCUCCAAGCAAAAAGUAUAAAUGCUGCUUUAAGUGAGAGUAUAGACUCUGGCUUUGCUGACACUUUACUAAAAGGUACAGACAUUUCAGAUGUAACCAGUGGUUUGGAUGAUGUAUCUCUAGUGGAAGCUGACACUGAUAGACCGAAAAGAGUGCCUUCGAAACGGUCACUCCACGCUCUCUCGGGAUCUGCCAAUGACGAUCAAUUGUGUCGAGAUAUAUUAGAAAGUCUUGAAUAUGAAGACUCGGACGAUGACGAACCUGCCGUUUCGAAUGAGAACCCGUUCGUUAGUGAACAACGCGAAGAGUCGUUCAAGUUUGAUCCAUGUGUCGGUGACUUUUUCAAGAUGAAACUUAUUGACUCUGGCAUGCUCCUCUCAAUUGUCAGCAAGUUCGUCAAAUACCCAUGGCAUAACUUUUUUCACAAUGUGGUGUUCGACCUCAUCCAACAAAUUUUCAAUGGAAAAUUGAACUCCUACAAUUCAUUUCUUAUUGUCGAACUUUUCAAGGCUAGUAAAUGUCAUAUAACCGAAACAAUUGUCUCAGCCUUUCGGACGCAGCUCGAGCCAAGACCAGGAUAUAUGGGACACCUCAUACUUGUCAGUGAAGAAGUCGUGAAGUUCACAACUCUAUACAAGCCAGCCUUGAUCUCACCCAUAAUUGUGGAAGCUGUCGGCACCGAUGACUGGGAAUGGUUUGUAUCCGAAAUCUUGCUCAAGACGAGGGAAUUGUACAACGUGAUUCUCGGCACUGACCCUGAAUAUUCAGAAUUCGAUGACGAAGAUGGCAAUAGAGAUGACGAAAAUUAUGGAUUUGAAACCUCGACAGUAGGAUACAUGGAUAUGGAUAAUUAUCCCCAAAAAGAGCACAAAACAGCCAUUAUCUUGGGCGAUAGCCAGAAUCACGAUGAAUUCGUAAAGCAAAAAGUCCCGGAAUCAAAAGAAGAAGAUUUUGAUCUAGCCAUUGAUGAUAAAACCGCCUUCUCAGAUAUACCCGCAGUUUCUAUCGAAAACAUGUCCCCCAAGAUGGAAUUUGCCAAUGAUGACAUUCUCUACGAGGAUUUCGAGGAAAACAACAUAUCAGACUUUCAUGAGGAGAAGGAAAUCCUUGACAACCUUCUGGGAUCAAGUUCAUCCGAAGAUGACGAGGACAGUAAUCAGCUCAGGCGGAUGCCAAAACAUCAUAGUUAA